GCGUGGAGCCCUGCCCUGUGCGCUGCAGCGGUGGGCGCCUGCGAGGGCGCCUCGCAGUGGAGGUGGGCCGCGCACCUUCUGGACCGCAUGGGCGCCGCGGCGGUGGAGCUGACGGCCCAUUGCUGCUCCGCGGCCAUCAGCAGUUGCGGCAGGAGCUCGCUGUGGCGCUGCGCCGCGCUGCUGCUGGCACGUUUCCGCGCGCAGGCUGGGCGGCCCGACGCGGCGUGUUUCAGCGCCGCGAUCGGCGCCGCGGAGAGGUGCGCCCGCUGGCCGGCGGCGGUCUGGCUGCACCGCGAGACGAGGCGGCUCUCGCUGCGGCCAGACGGCGUCAACUGCAGCUCGACGCUGAGCGCCCUGGCCAAGGCCUCCCGCUGGGAGCGAGCGGCGCUGCUCCUGCGCGAGCUGCGCCGGGAGGGCGCCGGCCUCACCGCGGCUGGCUGCGGCGCGGCCGUGGGCCACGUCGAAGGUAUAGCCGCGAACUUCCGCGGCCUCUGUAGUCCGAUUCUCAUACUCCUGGCGGCACCGACAGUGAGCCUCACUGCAGAAGAUCGGUUGUUCCUUUUGCUCGCUCUGCUUGCGACCAUCCAGUUUCUUGAGAUGGCGAAGAAGACAACGAAGAUCAGCGGGCCUCCUGCUCGCAAGACGAAGGUUGUCGGAAUCAUCCAACAGGGCGGUGGCGAUCGUGCUACCGCGGCCUACAAUGAGCUGACCCACAAGGACCAGACGGGACUGGACCAGGUGCUGGACCAGACCUCAGAGGACAAGCAGUCGAGAGCCAUCCAGAAGCUUUCGACAAAGAACGAGAUCUCGUGGACCAACGAGCACCAGCGGCGCACCUCGGCAGCCACUGCUGUGACCGAUGGAGCCACGAACACCACGAAGGGCAAGGGUAAAGGCAACGCGACCGUGGAGCCGCAGCCCAUCGCCCUGGACGAGCAAGACUGGUCCGCCACCAUUGCGCAGGUUCCCAAGAAGUUGCCCGACGGCACCUAUGAGUCCUCCAUCUCCCUCCACAGCACGGAGGAUGCGGAGAAGUGGUGCACGGCGCUACGGCGCCAGAAGGAGCCGCUCGCCAUCCUGGCUUUCGGCACGGGCAGCAAAAAUUGGGCCCACGCGCAGAUCCAGAUCCCUGUGCCCCAGGCUCCCCACGGCACUUCCAACCCGCGGAAGACCUUCUUGAACGGCGUCAUCUACCAGUUCGGCGAGACCGACGUCACCAUGAAGACCAACGUCACGCAGCUCGGCGAAGCGGACGGCAACGCGACCUUCAUGCGCACCACCAUCCACGAGGCCUGCACGCAGCUCGUCAACCCCACCAUGAGUGAGGUCUUCAGCAGUCAGCACAGUGGCGCUGCCCCCGUAGCUGUCGGCGGGCAGCGCACGGACAAGCUGGGCAGCACAGCCAACGAGCGUUGGGAGACGGCCCGCAAGUACGAUGCUAAGACCACCAUGGGCAAUGGGCUACCCGACGCCAUCAAGGCUACCAUGCAGGCCAUAUGUCCCGAGAUCCCGUCCCACGACGAGCCCAGCCGCCUGCUACGAGCAGGACGUGCGAACGUAGCACCCAACAACACCACCCAGUUGAACCAGGACCAGCUCCAGAGAAGUUUGGCUGCCAUACUCAAGAAGAUGAAUCUCCAGGAGGAGCACGCUGAUGCCCCCAGCAACAAGACGCCGCGCACCAGUGACGACGGCAAGGGCAGCAAGGACGACGACAAACUCUGA